AGAGGACCCGGUGGUACCCAGCCCCUCGGUCCUGUCUUGUCCGUGUGGCUUGCUCCUUUCCCUGGCGCUUGUUGACCCCGCUUCCAUGUCCCUGGUGGUCACAGCACCCCAGAACCUUCACGCCCAUGGCCACUAGCCGGAGGGAGCCCCCUUUCGCCUCUUCCUCCACGUCGAGCUGCGACGUGGACGACGAGGGCGUGCGCGGCACCUGCGAGGAUGCUUCUCUGUGCAAGAGGUUUGCGGUAAGCAUUGGUUACUGGCAUGACCCCUACAUCCAGCACCUUGUGAGACUGUCUAAAGAAAGGAAAGCCCCCGAAAUUAACAGAGGAUAUUUUGCUCGAGUCCAUGGUGUCAGUCAGCUUAUAAAGGCAUUCCUUCGGAAGACAGAAUGUCACUGUCAAAUUAUCAACCUUGGAGCUGGGAUGGAUACCAUUUUUUGGAAAUUAAAGGAUGAAGAUCUUCUCCCCAGUAAAUAUUUUGAAGUUGAUUUUCCAAUGAUAGUAACGAGAAAGCUACACAAUAUCAAAAACAAGCCUCUCCUGUCCAAGCCCAUUGUAGAACUGCACUCGGAGGACACUCUGCAGAUGGAUGGGCACAUACUGGAUUCAAAGAGAUACGCCAUCAUUGGAGCAGAUCUCCGAGACCUAUCUGAACUGGAAGAGAAGCUAAAGAAAUGUAACAUGAAUACACAAUUGCCAACACUGCUGAUAACUGAAUGUGUGCUAGUUUACAUGACUCCAGAGCAGUCAGCAAACCUCAUAAGGUGGGCAGCCAGCACUUUUGAGACGGCCAUGUUCAUAAACUAUGAACAGGUAAACAUGGAUGAUCGGUUUGGGCAGAUCAUGAUUGAAAACCUCCGGAGACGACAGUGUGACCUGGCAGGAGUGGAAACCUGCAAGUCAUUAGAGUCACAGGUCAGAGAGCAGAGAUCAAGGCAUUCACUUGUGCCCUUAGCCAGACUAGAAAGGGCAUUUUCCUUGAUAGGUGGCAGAGCCCUGUGGACACUGACAGCUAGGGUCUCAAACCCAAGUCCUGCCACACCCUCCCUUUUAUGGAAAACACACAUUUAUAUUUCUUAUACCCCAUUUUAUUUUGCAAAUUUUAUUUUUAUGCAGAGUUUCCUUUUACUAUGCGAAAUUUCAAGCAAACAUAAAGGUGAAAGGAAUUGUACGUAAACAUUUAAGUCCUGGCAUCCAGUUUUGAUAAUUAUUAACAUUCUGUCAAUAUUGCAUCAUGCAUCCAAUCCAGUGUUUGUUUUCUGUUGGUGUUGUUAGAAUAAUUUUUCUCAGACAGAUCCCAGACAGUGCGUGAUUUCACCUUAAAUACUUCUGUGUAAAUCUCUUCCUAGUGAGGACUUCUCCCCUAGGAUGAUGUUACCAUUAUCACACCUCACAAAUCCAUGGUAACUCCCUCACAGCCUCUGAAACCAGCACAUGGUCAGCUUUCCCCAGCUGUUUAAAACAUUAGUUUAGUUGGCAUGUUUGAAUCAGGCUCCACUCAUGCUCCAUACUUUCCCUCGUACCACUUUGAAUCUGCAUUUUUAAAAUGUCAUUUAUAUGCUGGAGACAUCUCCCACUUUUACCCCCAUUAAAAUAGGUUAGUUUUGACAUGUUUUUUCUUUGAGGCAAGAUCUCACUAUGUAGCCCAGACUGGCCUCAAACUCAAGAUUCACCUGCUUCAGCUUUCUGAAUGCUGGGAUUAUAGAUAUGCACCACCAUACCUGGCUUACUUUUGAGAUAUCCACUAGAUGCUUUAAAACACUGUUGCUAGGAGAAAAAUUUCUUCCUUUGCUUUUCUUUAAAUAUACUUUAGUGAAUUUUUCCUCAUCAUAACAAUUCAUGUUCAAUACAGAAAAUUGGAAAGUGAGAAGAAAAAAAGACAAGAGGGACCAGAAUGGACUUUUUGAAAGACGAGUAAUGUCAGAGAAAUCCCUGUGUGCUUUAGGGUCUCAGAUAUAUAUGCCAAGGCCUUGUAGUUCUCCUUUUCUCUUCACCCACCUUUCAGAAAGAACGGCUCCUUCUGAAUGGGUGGGAGACAGCAUCAGCAGUCAGCAUGAUGGAGCUGUACAGCAGGCUACCACGGGCAGAACU